CAGAUGAUGAACAUAAGAGACAAAACAAAGAAAGAUCCACCAGCUUACAUAUGACGCGUUGUUGAAACCCCUCUUCAUCUUCCCUUUGUGAUCGAGACCACUUUUUGGGGACGAACCACGGAGGCCACGUCAUCACCGGUCGAUCCUCAUCUUCAACCGUCUCUGAACCAACAAGGUAAGAGUUGACAAAAAAUGUCAACGCCUUCAAGAAAGAGGUUGAUGAGGGAUUUUAAGAGGUUGCAGCAAGAUCCUCCAGCUGGAAUCAGUGGUGCCCCGUAUGAUAAUAAUAUUAUGCUCUGGAAUGCGGUUAUAUUUGGGCCAGACGACACUCCUUGGGAUGGCGGUACGUUCAAGCUGACUCUUCAGUUUUCAGAAGAUUAUCCAAAUAAGCCACCAACAGUGCGUUUCAUUUCUCGAAUGUUCCAUCCAAACAUUUAUGCAGAUGGAAGCAUAUGCUUGGACAUUCUUCAAAAUCAAUGGAGUCCAAUUUAUGAUGUUGCUGCUAUUCUGACCUCAAUUCAGUCAUUGCUCUGUGAUCCAAACCCAAACUCGCCAGCGAACUCAGAAGCAGCACGGUUAUUUAGUGAGAAUAAGCGCGAGUAUAACAGAAAAGUGAGAGAAGUUGUUGAGCAGAGCUGGACUGCCGACUAGACUAAGAUAACGGUGCUCGGGUUUAUGUCUACUCUACUUGUGCAUUAUAUUCGUGAUCUGAGAACCGCUUAUAACAGUAAUAACGCGUGUUGUGGAAACUCUGUUGGUUUGAAAGUCCUAAGCUUCUAUUACCUAAUGACAGUUAAUCUAUUUCUGAAUGAAUAUUUGUGAUGAAUACUUGGGUUGUUAACUUCA